AUGGCACCGCCAUCAACUAACGAAGAAAAAGUGACGUUUAUUUUGUUAUUUUCUCGUAAUCGUUCAUCGUGUGACGUUCCUUAUUUAAUGGCACAACGAGAUGAACAUAUCUAUCCGACAUUGAUGACAGCAACAUUCUAUUUUAUGCGUGAUCUGAUUGAUUACAGAGCCAUUUCACUUGACAACUGUGUGUAUAUUAUCGGAGGUCGGUAUGCAUCGACUGGUCGUCUUUCAAACGCUGUUUUUAAAUACGACGCGCACAUUGACUUCUGGCGAGGAUGUGAGCCAAUGAAGUCAGUACGCGCUAAUUUCGCAGUUACUAUAUUUGACUCAAAAAUUUAUGUACUCGGUGGCGAAGGCCAAAAAGGUAUUAUUGUUCAAUCCGUUGAAGUAUAUGAUCCGACUACAAACAAGUGGAAAGAAGCAGGUACAUUCAUGAAACCAAAACGCUAUCAUGCAGCACUUGCAAUGCAUGGGAAACUCUGGUCGUCUGGCGGCGCAAAUUCCUUGAUCGAAGCUAAAUCAACGGGUGAACUGAUUCUUGUCGAUCCUCAACCAAAUGAAUGGAAACGAUCAAUAACAAACCAUACGUUACCUGUUGCAUGUCAACAACAUUGUAUGACAGUUAUUAAUGACAAUAUUUUAGUUUUUGGAGGCUGUCAAAAAAAUGGUGACGAAGCUCACAACAUUCAAACAAUUGCUCGUGCUAUUAGUCAAUCGUCUGAAAGCACAACAGACUGGCCAAAAAGUCGACGUUCUUGUGCUUUUCCCCUUUGCAGGUGUUCAUCAUUAUACAUCAUCGGGGGCCAUAAUUGUCAAACAGGUGACCCAACAAAAGUCAUCGAACGCAUUGAUUUCAGUAACAGUUCCAAACCAACAAUUGACGAGCAAUUCGAAAUCGACAAGGACUUCGCUGCUGUGGAUUGUUGUGUAGUUCAAACGAAUCAGUACAAUGAACAUCUUUUACCGUUAGCUUCCUAUUUAGACCGUUGGAUUGUUUGGUAA